GUUCUGCUGCUCUCGCUGGCCGUCGCCGCCGCCGCCGCCGCCGCGUUCGAUCCCCCGGAGUAGAGGCGCCCAGCAGCAGAGCAGCGUACACACACAGAGAGGGACUCUCUCGGACGGAGUGUCUCCCAAAGUCCGUCUGCCGUGUCUAGAUUCGCAUAGGUCGCUGGCGAUAUAUGAGUACGUAUACAGGCAGGUAGUGGAAGAGUGAAGCAGUGAGAGCCGCCCGUCUGCUGUGUCGGUCGGUCGGAGAGCAGCUUGUGCGCCGCGCGCUGAGUGCCGACAGCUCGCAGACAUCGGACAGAGUGUGUUGAGCAGUGCUGUGCGCGUGAGAGAUUUGCGGGACCUCCGAAGCUGCUGCGGAUUACGCGUAUACGUACGUGCAGUGCUGUGCCUGUGGGGAAGUUACAUGUAGACCGCUCUCGGCUGUGUGCUGGGAUAGGUGUGUGCGGUGCGGUACUACUCUCUCUCUCUCUCUCUUCUCUCUAUCUGUCUCUCUCUCUCUCUCUCUCUCUCGCUCUCUCGUCGCUCUCGUGUCCGUGUAGGCCUGCGUGCGUGCGUGCCUGGCUGACUGGCUGGCUGCGCGCGUCCGCCAUUCCGACAAACAACAGAAAAUCUCGGGAAGUAGCGGAGGAUCGAAGACAUCGGGCAGCAGCAGCAGCAGCGAGUAGGAGGAGAAGACAGUGCGCGCGUGUGUGUGUGUCCCUGUGUGCGAGCAGCCAAGACAAGCAGCCCGUACUACUGCACACAAGAGGACAACGAACAAGAGCAGAUCCCGACCGCAGGACUGCUGCUCGCUCUCCGGACAAAGGCGGAGAAGAAUAGGACUACUAAGAAGCAGCAGAAGCAGCUAAAAGAGAGAAGGAAAAGGCCGCGAUCGAUGUGUCGAGCGCAUGGCUUCCUCCACUGCUGACCUCCAGACAGUCGCGGCAGUGGCAUAAAAAGCUUCAUGAUCCCGAGAGGAGUCGGGCCGUCGUCAUCGAGCGAGAGCUAAAGGAGGAGAAGGAGGAGAAUUCAAUCCGCAUCAAUUGUAGGCAACGACGAAAGAGUGCAGUGCGUGUUGUUCUGUGCGCGCGUGCGUCGUCAGCUGAUCGACGGUAGUGAGCAUCGAGUGUUUCCGCCACACGGCAGAUUGUAGCAACGGGCAUCAUCACCCUGGAAGUCGAGAGGGCGUUCGUGGCCCCUGAUAAGUAAAAAUUGUGUACAACGUCGUGUACAAGAGCAAGAGGCGCGAGGAGGAGGAGGCGGCGUCGACGACUAAGACGACGACGACGACCACCAGCAUAAGCAGCGGCAGCGCGAGCAGCUUCGGCCAGAGCGGCAACCCCUUGGCGAGCGGCAGCAGCAGCAGCAGCACCAACGGCAAUGCCGCUGCGGCCGCACUCGCGGAAGAUCAGCGGUUCAGCGGCAAGAAGAUCCAGCAGCAACUGCAGCAGCACAACAGCGAGGAAGCCCCUCCCGCGCUAAGGGCCCCAGCCGCAGCAGCAGCAGCAGCCGCCGCCGCAGCCGCUGCAGCUGCCGCUGCUGCCGCCGCCGCCUCCACGUCCAGCGCCGUGAUACCCGCGGCCUGCGGCAGCGGCACCAACAGCCAGCAGCAGCAGCAGCAUCACCAGGGCGGCAGCAGCGUCAUGGAGACGAUGGAGGCGAAGCAGCGCAGCCAGCGCAAUAGGCGCCGCGAGCGCGCCCAGCGCAUGCUCGCCCAGCGCGAGGCCAAGCAGCAGCUCCAGCAGCAGCACAAUGCCCACCUGCAGCUGUCUAGCCAGCAGGCCUCGGCCGCCGGGGGCGCCGGCGCCAACGAGGACAGUCACAGCGGCGAGGACGACGACGUCAGGCCGAACGACAGGGACAGAAACAGGCCUCCUGGCAGGGACAGUAAUGGUCAUCCGAGGCCGCCCAGGCCUCCGCGACCGCCCAGGCCCAGAAAGAAGUCGGCGCUAGCAGCAGCCGCGGCCAACUCGGCCAACGCCAGCAACGAGCCCAAGGAGCCCAUCUUCGAGGAAGACAUAAUCGACGGCUUCGCCAUACUCGCCUUCCGCACCUACGAGGACCUCGAGAGUGCAAUAAAACUAGCCGGGAAGAAUAACUUCAAGAAGCUGCAUUCGCUGCUGUCAAUACCGGAGGACAAGCCGAAGGUGGACACGGGACAGAAUAACCGGCAUAACGAGCACCACAUUAAAAACCACUUCAAGCACAACCAUUACAACACGCAUAAUUCCAUACUGACACCCUCGACGCUCAACCAGGGCCUAGAUGCGGGCACGAGUGACGACAGCGGACGAGCUUCCGAGCAGCUGCACGGCUCUGGCAUCCCCCGGGACAGUCAGGAUGCCGAUAGUUCUAGGGACCAUCUCAGUGAUGCUAGCAGUCAUUGCAGUUCGGGUAAAGGUUAUAUCUGUGAUAGUGAAGGAGAAGAUGAUAAGAACUCGGACGACGGAUCGAUACUCUUUGAAUCUUCUACCCCACCACCCCUUGCACGUAAAUACGAGUUGCCAUCUUCUUCACCACACGUGCUGCCUCCGUCGAACGGGGCGGGCGGAUCGCCUCCAGACACAGGCGGCCAGAUCUCGAAUCCUGCGACAGAUGCCCCCGCGCCGAUUCCUCCUCCUGUGCCUGCCACCGCGCCAGUCCCAACGGCGCCCAGUCCUCCAAGUCCCACAUUACCUCCGCACAUAUCUCAACCACCCAUGACUAGUCCGCUAGCAGCGAAUCCACGUGCAAUAGUCCCGCAGCAGCGGCCGGUGUCGCCGGCCCUCCCGCCGCCGUCUCUCUGUCAGCAGCAGCAGCAGCAGCAGCAGCAGCAACAGCAGCAGCAUCAACAGCAGCAUCCACAGCAACAGCAGCCUCAGCAACAUCCACUACAACUGCAGCAGCAACCACCACCGCAGCAACAGCAGCAGCCGCCGUCACAUCAGCCACAAUUGCUGCAUCAGCCACAUCAGCCUCAUCAACCACACCAGCAGUCGCAACCCCAGUUGCCGCAACAGCCUCAACAGCCCCAGCAGCCUCAGCAACCGCAGCAACAGCCACCUCCACAACCUCAUACCUCGAUACCGGCGCUGCAUCCACCCAACGUACCCCUUGUCUCGUCGUCGUCGCACACGACGUCCCCGGCCGUUGCGAGUCUCGGCGUAACGCCUGCAGCUCCGUCGAAUGGUGCCGCCACUACGAGCUAUCCACCUCCCCUGCCCAUGGCUGCCUAUCCUCAGACCCAACCAUCCUAUCCUCCGCUCUACACACCCUACACGGCGCUCAACCACAGCCCGUAUCUACCACCCGCGGUGCCCUCGCCUUCGCACUCGGCCUCGUCGCGAACCGAUAUUCGAGGCAGCAGGGCGUCGCCAUUGACGAAUCUGAGCAAGUCGUCGAUGGGUAGCACGGUACCUAACAGUCACAGCAGUAGCACUAGCACACCGAUGAGCGCGGCGACGACGACCUGCGUCUCGACGGUGACGAAUACAGUGACGACGGCUAAUUCGAUAGCGCACAGAGAUAUCGUGGCCUGCAGUCUUGCUGGCAGGAAUAGCAACAAUUCUCCAAGAGGGCACAGCCCUACUCGAGAGCGAGAUAGUUAUAGCAGUAACGUGAGCAGCCUUAGUAGAAGCAGUAUAACACCGGUUAGCGUGCCAAACACCUCCUCUCCGGCCAAUUCUAGUCUACCUGCGUACUCCAAGGCUCAAGCAUGGAUCACUAGCAACGCAUCGUCACAGCUGUCGCCAGCAACGGCUACGUCAAUGCCGCGGCCAACUCCACCACCGACCCUUGGUUUGCAUUCAUUCCCACCGCCGAUGUUCCCGCCACCGAUGCCACCACCUGUCUCCAGCGCGAGUCCUCACACUUCCUUACCUUCGCUUCCUCCGCCCACGUCCAAUCCGAAUCCCUUCUCCGCAGAGUCGUUGUUCAAUUCAAGCAAACCGACAAAAGAAUCAAAAAUAGGUGUGAGCCAUGUGCCGGGUCAGACGGAUCUGUUGCGUCGCGAGCUGGACAAUCGGUUCUUAGCCUCCCAGGACAGGAACGCAGCAGUAGCGAACCUUGGUCCGCCGCCAUAUCUUCGCACGGAAAUGCAUCACCAUCAACAUCAGCACACGCACGUUCAUCAGCACACGACUCCCAUCCUCCCACCACCGGCAGGAUCGUCGCUAUUUCCACCACCGAUUUUCAAAGACAUUCCAAAGCUGGGAGGAGUGGACUCUCCAUUUUUUCGGGGGAACCUCAAUCUCGGCAACUAUUCGAGUUUUAAUGCUGGACUUCUUCAUCCUGGUUUAGGACCGCCGGCGACACCUUUCGCACCUCCUACACAUGUAACGUCAUACGCGCCUACAAAGACUGGAAAGUGGAAUGCGAUGCACGUCCGAAUAGCCUGGGAGAUCUAUCGCCAUCAGCAGAAGCAACAGGCAGACGCGAAUGCAGGUGGUGUCAAUACGAAGACAGAACUUUUGCGACCACCGGGUCACCUAUUUCAGACGGGUCCAGCCGGUACUUUGGGGAUAAGUGGUCCUCAAUUGGCUCCACCGUUCUCCACGGCCAUGCAAACGCAUCCGCCAGGCCCACCAGUUUCACACACAGUUGGAUUUCUCUCAGCGCCGUCUUCGCAUUUAGGAACAGGAAUGUCCCCGUUCGGAAGGUACCCACCGACGUUUGCCACUGCGAAUCCAAACUUCCCGGGUCUUUCCGGAUUCCCACCUGGAAGAGAUAUGCCUCCAAUGCCAGGAAUGAGUUCAGUCCACGAUCCAUGGAGAGGGUUGCAACGUGCUCCGGGAGCCUACCCUCCGACGACAGUCGCUUGGAGUUUGAAGCCAGAGCCACCAACUAUCGAUACGAGGCGAGCCGAGCUUGAGGAGCGUGAACGCGAACGUGAACGUGAACGCGAGCGAGAGCGCGAGCGUGAACGGGAGCGCGAACGUGAGCGUGAACGGGAACGCAUCAGGCGAGAGCGGGAGCGCGAAAGAGAAGAGCAGCGUGAGCGGGAGCGAAGAGAACGUGAGAAAGAGGAGAAGCGAAAGCAGCAGGAAGCGGCUGCAGAACGAGAGCGGGAGAGGCGAGAGAAGGAGCGCAGAGAAUUGGAAAGGCGAGAGAUGGAACGUGAAAGGCUCAUUCAACAGCAUCAUCACCAACAGCAGCAGCAAGCUCAACAACAGCAACAAAGCAGACAACAACACGUUGUCGUAGGCAGAGACAGAUCACCUCUUAGGAAUGGUUCGAACCCUAUGGAUGGUGCACCGAUGGUUAGGGUGAAAGAAGAGCCGAGAAGUAAAGACGAUGAUGUAGUUAUGUUGACUAGGGGACCUCCUCAAGGUGCUCCGCCUCCGCCUAACGCCUUGCCAGAUCCAAGAGAGAAAUUUGAAUUACGCAACGACCGUGUGGACUUGCCGAAUGUUUUACAUGACACCGAAAAGUGGAUAAGGUACCACCACACGCACCCGCAUCCUUACCUGCAAAGUCGACACCCGCACGGCGUACCUCCGCCGCACACGAUGUCCCGCACUAUGGCGGGUAUCCCUGGUCUAACGCAUCCUAUGCAGCAUUUCGCUCCACCGCCGCCGCCUAGUGCUGCUGCAGGUCAACCAGGAGGUCCACCCGCUUGGCCCACGGAUCCGUUUCGUGAUCCCUAUAGGUACGACCCGCUGCAGCAGUUGCGCUACAACCCACUGAUGGCUGCGGCUGCUUACCGAGUCCAAGAAGAAGAAGAGCGCGCCAAGCUAUACGGAGUAGCGGGUUACCCGCCACCACCUUCUGCCGUUGGCGCACUUCGCGGCAAGGAUCCGAGCCCUGGACCGCUGAGCAAUCUGCAUAUGCAUCACCGGGCGGGCCCUGGUCCCGGCGGACCUGGACCAGUGCCUACCGGUCAAGCCCAAGUGAGGCAGCUCGAGACGAUGGUGCACAAUGCCGCGGAUAUGCACAAAAAGGAGGAUGCCUCGCAGUCGCGAUGAUGCUGUCGAGGUCUUGCUGUGGAGAAAAAAGCGGCCGACAAGCGGCUGACUUGAGGAAGCGACUGAAACUUGCCUCGAUCGACCAGUGUCACUGAUAAUUGACUUACCUACGCGCCCGCGAGAAAGACUUUGUACAUACAGGACUAUUAUAUAUUGCUAAUAUUUAUAGAGAUUACGAGAGUGAAAGUUUUAUCGUGAUAAAACUAUACUGUUGCUAGUAGUGCGAUGACUGGAUAGAGAACGAAAAACAAGAGAGCGAGGCAUAAAUCGCUCUUAGAAUGCUUAUUUUCCAAUGCUGAGAAUAUGCAAUGUGUGCAUGAUUCCGUGGCCUGCGGUUCUUGACAGUUGCAUUGAGCAAGUCUCAUUCGAGACUGCUGUCAUUGACGUAUUCAAAGGAACGGUUUGGUACUAAAUUGAAAAUUAGAAUGGUAAAAUAGUUACAAUGUUCUGAAAUUCUUACCUAUGUGAUGAAAUCAUUACUAAUUAUUCGACUGUAGUCGUAUUACAAAACGUGACACGGAGAAAAUCUAUUUUUUGCCCAGGCAAGAGUUGAUAUUUUUUCGAAAAAAAAAUAUCGAGUAUUCAGCUAAUAGAAAAAUGAUUUUGCUCGUGUCAUCAUUUGUACGCGUAAUGUAAUCAGAACAUUGUUAGAAUUUUACAUUGAUGACGAUGUACAUAUGAUUUUUACAUUUAAAAAGUUCUUAGUAGCGCGAGAAAAUAAUUUUAGAUUGCUAGCAAAGGGAAUUGUUAAGAAAAACUAAUGACAAAAGAUUGCAUUAUAACAAAGGCAAUUUUUAUUCUGAAGACUGCUCAAAAUGAAGAGGAUUUAACAUGUUUAAUUGUUACAUAAUUUUAGUAACAUCUAAUUUUUUCGAAUCAUGAUUUUGCAAUUACGAGGUACGUUAUACCUUGGAUUUCGUGUUACUUAAAAAAUGAAUUUUUUACAACAAUCAAAAUGUAAAAAAAGGAAAAUUUCUUUUAUUAUGCGAAUAAUCAAUUGAAUUGUACAUACGAUGUGAUUUUUUUUUUAAAGUUAAUUUUAGCAUCGAAGCGGAUAGUCAAAGGUGUAAAAACGAUCUAUUUAAACGAAAGUAAUAGACGGUUUGUCUGCUUUUUGUACAGCUGCGAAAGUGAUAUAUUAGCUUUAUUUAUAGUUUUAUCAAAAUGAAACUAUGUGAAAUAAAAAAUCAAGUUCGCUAAAUGUAAUCAAGUUGAAUUUCAUACCCGUGUAUAAUCAUUUCUUCAAUUAGAUAAUAAUGCAAAAAUGAACUGAGAGUUUGAAAAUUUUAAAAACAUUAUCAAUUUCAUCGAAUGAGACUUGUCUUAUGCAAAUGUCAAGAAAUUCCUAGAAUUUUUAUUAAGUGAGGUGCGAAUUGGCGAUCAAUAGGAAGAUUAAUAAUGAAAUUUUUAUGUAUAAUCAUAAAUUGACUAAGAGUAUUUAUCAACAUUUGCUUCUUGUGAUGUACUAAACAUUUUUAUCUCUAAAAUUAAAUUUCAUUUAUAACAAUAUCAAUUAAAACAAAAUUUAAGAUUGAUAACGCCGGAGGAGAAUUCGCGGUUAUUUCACUCGUAUAACUCGGAAAACUUCGUAAGGCGUUAAGUGAUACUUGUCGUCUUUUAUUUUGAACUUGGUGACAGAAUGGAAAGAGUUCGUUAUGUCUCUCUUAAAAGUAAAGCCAAACUUAAACGCUAACUAAAUAAAUAAGCAAGCAAAGUGAAAACAAAUUAAGAUACGGGAAAUUAAAAGAUAUUUUAUCGUGUGGCGUAAAACAAAUAAAAGAGUAUUAAGGAAGUGACUGCGAUUUUUAGAAAAUUAUGACGAGUAAAAUAUAAAUUCAAGAAUGAGUGCAAGAACACUCGCUGCUUUCCGCCAGCGAUACAUCGCAAAAAAACCGUUUGUCUGUCUAUAGCGAUUAUAAACCUUAUUCAUAAACGAUGAUAACUAUUCUGCAUACAGUUAGAAAUAUCGUGUGUAAUAUUAAUUAACUAAACUUAGAAUGAAACUAAAAGCAAGAUAAAAGAAGCAUAUGCAAAAAAAUAUAAGGUCGAGAGAUUACACUGCGUAAAUAAUUUUUCGCGGACUAUGGAAAAAAGCACGCGCCUAUGAUAGAUUCUAGAAAAAUUAAACGAAGAAUAAACGACUUUGCGGAGAAGGAAAAUUGAUCUAAAGACAAGUUUUGGCCGAGGCGGUUGCAUGCUUCGAUCUCUGACGCGUCAUCCGAGAACACGGGGCAGUAGGCACGUGAGAAAAUGCGAAACGUGUGUAACAGUGAAUAAAUGAGAGUAUGCGAGACAGAGCGAGAGCAAACAUUUAUUUAAUUAUUUAUUUAUUGCCAGGCAUCGAAUACCGCGACUAAUUGAAUCUCUGUUACAUCACUGACGCGUUUAGAAACGAAUUGGGGAUAGGACAUAGAUGGUGCGCAAGAAAUAGAGGCUGAGGAAAGGGAGCCCGAUACGUUGGCUCUUGUUUCGCCGAUGUAAUAUAAAUUGUAAUAGGCAAAUUUUACGUUCCGAUAUAGACAAGACUCGAUUUUCGCCGAAGGAAGAAAGUGGAACUGAUUCUAGAAUGAGAGCUAGGCAGAAACGAAUGAGCGGGGCAAAAAUCAGAAGGAAGAGCGCUACAGGUGAUCUAAAUCAAGAGAGCUCUAUAGAAGAUUUCCUGUGAUAUAUUUAAAGCAAAACUAGAGAACGAAAAUGAAACGAAAGGAUGACGAGAAUGAAAGUCACCGAACUUGGAAAAAAGUAUGUUUCGGAGUCUCUGCAAACGUUCGCUAUGAUCGCUCGGGAGGCUCGAUCAGACAGAAUCUGUACUGCGAAAAUGUUUUGCCUCUGAACUGUCGAUGAUUUGUAACGACUCACACGAUGACUCGUAAAGGCCAGCGGCAAUUCAUCAGGCAAACAAUACCGUCAAUUGUGAAAUGAAUAAUUAAGAUUGAAGGAAACUCCCGUAUACUUUGUACCUGGCGUUUCGUUGUAAUAUCGAUCAAAAGUGAAGGAACGGAAGGGAAUUUAUUCCGGAAAGAAAAAUUUAUAUAUAUUUCAUGUACAAAUUAUAUAUAAUUAGUUGAUAUUCGCGACCCCAAAGCGCCUUUAGGGAACGGCAUCGAUACGUGCUAUACAUAGUAUUUACGCUGUAAAUACGAACUUAAUCCCACUUUCAUUCACCUUUCCUAACAUCUAUGUACUUCGUUCGGAAGGGGCAAGCGAAUUAUAUAAAUUAUGUAUUAUCAUAUAUUUCCACUUUUAACUAUGUGUAAUUGUAUAUAACUAUAUGUAAUUAUAUAAAUUUUCUUUCCUAGACGAUGUAGGAAAUACACACACACUCACACACACAAACACACAUAUAUAUAUAUUAUAAAAAACUGUCAUACGAUACGAGAUGUAAUUAUUAUUAUUUCGACUGCAGCUAAUUUUAUAGCUGGCUUAUAAAUAUCCGUUAAUUUCUUAUAAUUAUUUGUUCCUUGUACGUAAUGCACGAAAAAUAGCUGAUAUUUUCGAAAUCAAACUGUGAAAGAGAACAACGGGACGCGAUUAUUGUUUACAGCUGAUUUUUUAUAGCAUGGUUAUAUCUGGAUUCCUUUGAUUUUGCCCUUUGAGAUGUGUGCGUUGGAAAGUUAAUCGGAUUAAAAUCUGCUUCCUAUACGCGUGCCAUUACCAACCGGCGGUCAAAUGCAGUCACUCGGAAGUGAUUCCUUCUGUUUUCUUCCCCGUUUUCUCCAACUCGCAAAGUGAACGAAAAUACAAAAAAGAAGAAUGGGUAGGCUUAUUUGGUGCAGUUGUAUGUAUUAUUUUUCACAACGAUUUGCGAACCGAACAAUGUGCGUCAUUCAAAGAACUGUAGAUAUUUUUCAUCGAUGCAGCUGAAGAUGAUAAAAAAACAUUAAUAAUGAUAAUGGGAAAAUGAAUUGCAAUGCGAUGCAAUGGUUCUGUUUUUGUAGAUAUCGAGAGGAUGCGACAAAGUAUAGAGGAAGUUUUGUGUGAAUAGGUUUUUUCUAAAAAUCAAUGAUUCUUUGUAAAAGGGUCGAAUAAUCAUAGUUUCUAUCAAAUUAGCAGCUCAAUGUCUUUUGUAUAAUACCUUUCCUCGAAUGUUUUCCAGAACGUUAUUAUGUUCAAAAGUUUGUUGUAAAUAAUGAAGCUUAUUAGAAAUGAGUCAAGUUUACAAAUUUAUUUGUUAUCAUCAUAAGAUCACUUUAAUCGGUCUAACAAAAUUACAAUUUCACCCAAUCUUUCAUACAGAAUUCGUAUUUAUUAUCGUGUUAUCAUUGUAUGCCAUAAUUAAUUAAUUAAUCGAAAAUCUUUUACUUUAUUCGAAAAGAGUCUAAAGAAAAUAUACACGUGAGGAAUCUCCAAUUAUAACUAAAAGAAAAAGUACUAUUUUAAGUCCUUAGACACUAUUAAGACAAUAUUCCUUAUUUGCUCUAAACAUACUUUAACAAACACCAGUGACUCUUGCAAGUAAAAAUUGAUUUUCAUUAAACAAUCACGUUACAGAAAGUGUGUGAUAGAAAUUUUUUCAAUACUAAAACACCACGCAUGACAUUUAUGUAUAUAAAAACGAAAAAACGCAUGGAUUCAUUUUAAGAUGGCAUAUAUUUUAUCUUGUGAUUUUUCAAAUAGUAUUGUUCCGUGUCAGAGUCUCACUAAAAAUUGACCCCAAUUACUUGUGGAGGAGCUUAAUUAAACUUCAUUCACUUUGGAUAUAGAUGACUUUCGUUAAUUAGAAACGAAAAACUGUUUGGUA